AUGUUCGACUUGGCUCCUCUUACACCAGCCGCAGCAGCCGCAGCUGCUGCGGCUGCCACACCCCAGUUGUCGCCUAAUCCUGCACAGCAGCUGAGUACCCAGCAGCAGCAGCAGCAGCAGCAGCAGCUGCUUGCCCAGCAUGGGCUGUUGCAGCACUUCCAGCAGCAGCAGAUGCAGAAACAACAGCAACUGCAACAGCAGCUCCAGGUUGGCCUCUUCAAACCGCAGCAGCUCGUGCAGCAACAGCAGCACAUGCGUCAGCAGCAGCUGCAACUGCAGCAGCAGCUCCAACACCAGCAGCAGCAGCUCCAACAGCAGCAACUGCAGCUGCUGCGCACACCCAACUCUCCUGGUUUGUAUAGCGCCUUUUGCCGGCUGCUGCAGCAGCUUUCGCUGCACCGAAUGACUUUGCGAGAUGCUCGAGUGCGCGUGUUGCUGGUGAUGCUGCGGUGGCUUCAGCAGCAGCAGCAGCAGCAGCAGCAGGCUGACCCUGCAUGCCUGUUUCGAGAGGACCAGUUUGAGCGGCUUGUGCGGCAGACACGGGCGUACAUGCAGCUGCUGCUGCAGCAGCAGCCGCUCAAGGAGGAGGAGUUGCUGCAGCUGGGUAUUUCUCCCGCAGUAGGUUUCAAGCCGGAUCGUCAGUUCUUGGCUGCUGUCGCUGCUGCAGCGGAAGGGGUGAGUGGUUACAAAGCACCAGCCCCCAAGCACCAGCAGCUGCAACGUCCAAGGAGUCAUCAGCUUUUUGUGCAGCUGUACGACCAGCAGCUGCAGCUGCAGCUGCAACGGGCAGUCAGCGUGCUCGAGCGACAGGCGCAGAGGUACGAGGAGCAGGCACGGCUGCGGCUGGAGCAGGAGGAGCAGCAGCAGGAGGAGCAGCAGCAGCAGGAGGAGCAGCAAGAGGCUCAGCAGCAGUCGCUGCCCGUAGGCACGGCGGAAGGAGCAGUCCCCUCUAGGGACGGUAAGAAGAAGGAGGAAGAAGAGCAGCAGCAGCAGGAGAAGGACGCUGGCGACGCUCCCAUAGGCGCUGGCGACGCUCCCAUGGGUGCUGGCAGCUGCAGCGGCGAUGGGGUGGGAGGCGCAGUGGCAGAGAAUGGCAUGCUGGCAUCCGACGCGGAGAGCGCGAGCGGGGAGGCGUCUUCUUCUUCUGAGGAGGAAUUCUGGGGAGUAGGAGGUUUGGAGAGGCCAAAAGACGAGGGAGACAGCUGCAGCAUGCAGGAGAGGGCACGCCUGAGUCGAUUGCAGAGGCGGCUGCUGUUGCUGGCCCCUUUUCAGAAGCAAGUGCGAGAGCAAGUUGCAGUUCAGCGGCUGACGGAGGUGCCCACCCAGCUGCCCCCUCUGCAGCACUUGCCUGUGCGUCUGGCGCGCAAGCACCGAGCGCUCCGACUGCUUAGGGAGAGGGGAGACAGGCUGACGGCGGCGCGACAGCAGCAGCACCAGCAGCGGCAGCAGGUGCUGCAGCAGCUGCUGGACAGUCACAGGAGGGCCUUCUUGCAGCAGCAACGAGAUGUGCUGCGGCAGUUGCGUCGAGUGGCGGCUGCAGUGAAGAGGAAGAAGAUGGCAGCAGUCGACGGGGGGGAAGGCAGCGCUGGGUGUGGUCAUCCUCUGCAUCCUACGGACUGCGGCUGCCCAGGAGGGGCCGCAUUUGCGGCGCAGAUGCGAAAGGAGCGUCUGGAUGCGUUGCGAAAACACGACGAGGCGGGAUACCUCAAGCUGCUCCAGGAGACAAAGAACGAGCGGCUGCUGCAGCUUGUGCGCCAGACCGAGGGGUACAUGCAGCAAAUCGGCAGUCUUGUCGUUGAACAGCGCGAAAGAGAGGGCAUCAGCGUCCCCGCGACAGAGGAGGAGGCAGAGGGGGCUGCGGAGGAGGCCUCUGGAUCGCUUUCGUCCUCGUUUCUCUUCUCGAAGGAGCGCUACUAUCGCAUUACGCACAGUCAACGGGUGCAAAUAUACACGCACACGCAUAUGCGGCGUUAA